ACGCAGCAUAGUACGGCAAAAACAUUUCUUGACUCUCACAAAUCUACCACGUAUCUAAUAAUCUCUUACAAAUUCUUCUCUUCAUCUCCACCAAAAUAGCAAAAAUAAAAUAAAAACCUUAACAAACACAGACCCAAAAUUUUCUCAUACUUUAAACUAGCUAGAUGUAGCUUAAUCCAAAAAAAAAAAAAAAAGUUCCUAAAAGGUGUUACAAUAUUUUCUUGAAAAAUUAAGGUACUAAGUUUCACUCUACUCUGUUUUUUUCUUCUGUUUUUGGUUUCUUGAUGGCUUUGUAUAAUAGGAAGAUGUUAGUUAUAACUACAAAAAAUAUGGCAAUUUGUGUGAAUUGUUUAACAGAAAAGUGUCCUGAUGAAUGUGGGGUGAUGGUUCCUGUUUUGUCACCACCUUUUAAUCCUGUUAGAAGUGAAAGCAAUCAUAUGCCUUAUUAUUUUAUAAUCUUGCUUUGUGUUCUUGGAGCAAUAUUUGUGUUCAUUUGUUAUAUGAUUACUCUCAAGAAGUACAAAAUGAAUACACCAAGAAGUGAUGAAUAUUUGGAUAGAAAUAGUGAAGAUUUUGUUGAUGAGAAUAAUGGACCAGUUGUGGAUAAUCCUAUUUGGUAUAUACAUACAAUUGGACUGCCUAAAUCUGUUAUUGAUUUGAUACCUGAGUUUAAGUAUAAUAAGGUUGAAAAUUUGGUUGAAGGGAUUGAUUGUUCUGUUUGUUUAACUGAAUUUGAAGAAGAUGAGAAGCUUAGGCUAUUGCCUAAAUGUAGCCAUGCUUUUCAUGUUACUUGUAUUGAUACUUGGUUGAGUUCACAUACGAAUUGUCCGUUGUGUCGUGCUCCGAUUGUUUCGGAUUUAAAUGCUGCACUAGGAUUGAACAAUAGUGUAAAUGACUCCAUAUCAAUUGAGGUCAAUAAUCCAGUGGAGAAUGGAAGUGCUCGCGAUGGUUUGGAAAAUCAAGAAUUGGAUGAGGGGGAAAAUCGCGAUGCCUUGCCGAAUGAAGAAGGAAAAAUUGCGCGAAUUUUGGAGAAAAUGACUUGUGUUGUUGAUGAAAGAGGAAAAGGGUUGCGAGUAUUUAGUGAUUUAGCUGAGCACCGGGUGAAAGUAAAUGAUAAAAUGCAGCCCGACCGGGGGUCAGUUUCAAUGAAUUCAUUUGUUGUUUCGGUGACUCAACUGAAUUUGGGAAAUGGCGAAGGGUGUUCGAAUUCGGGUGAUCAACCGGUUGAAGGGAAGACGGAAAAUUCUGAUGCAGCUGCGAAAAGAGGGAAUAAGAACUCGAGCUUAUAUGAAGCGAUGAAGAGUUCUUCCUUCGGUCGUUCUUUGCAAAAAGUUCCAAUUUGUAUGAAAAGGUCCUUUUCUUCUACUAGUGGGAAGUGUUCGAUAUCGACAAGUGAAAAAGAGGUGAAGAAGCCAAAUGAUGAAGGAAAAAUUGCAGGAAUUUUGGAAAAAAUGAAUCGUGCUGUUGAUGAAAGGGGAAAAGGGUUGCGAGUAUUUAGUGAUUUAGCUGAGCACCGGGUGAAAGUAAACGAUAAAAUGCAGCCCGACCGGAGGACAGUUUCAAUGGAUUCAUUUGUUGUUUCGGUGACUCAAUUGAAUUCUGGAAAUGGCGAAGGGUGUUCGAAUUCAGGUGAUCAACCGGUUGAAGGGAAUGCAGAAAAUUCGGAUACAGCUGCGAAAAGAGGGAAUAGGAACUCGAGCUUAUAUGAAGCAAUGAAGUGUUCUUCCUUCGGUCGUUCUCUGCAAAAAGUGCCUAUUUGUAUGAAAAGGUCCUUUUCUUCUACUAGUGGGAAGUGUUGUUCGAUAUCCACAAAUGAUAAAGAGAAAGAGGUUAAGAACCAAGACAAUCAAUGUAAGUGAAGCUGAAAGACUUUUGCUUUCUUGAAUUUUAGUAGGGGUUCGAGUUUUUGCAUUCGGAAGCCAAUCAUAAACAUAUUGACAAAUAGUGUCUGCAUAAUAAGAACUGAUGAACAGCUGAAUUAAGCUGAUUCACAAUCUUCAAAG